AUCAUGACAGGGAUAACCCCUAAAUGGACCGACUCUUUGCUUUAGAGCGUUUCAGAAAGUUGUAAAAAAAGGAAAAUCCAGGGGAUGUGCGACGUUUUUCUUUUUUUUUUCGAAAUCACUUUCGAUAGAUUGACCGAAGGUACCAAGACAAUCGAAAUGUGAAUUUCAGCCGCAAUACGAAUCUGCUUUAUUUUGGUGUUUAUAUUGAAAGAGUACAAAAUGGCGAGUUCCUCGAGAUAUGAUGCCAACACAGUCUGCUGUUAUGCACAUCCAGAGGCUCCUCUCAUUGAAGAUUAUAGAGCUGGGGACCAAAUAUGCUCUGAAUGCGGCCUUGUGGUUGGAGACCGGGUGAUUGAUGUGGGAUCGGAAUGGCGAACAUUUAGCAAUGAGAAAUCUGGAGUUGAUCCUUCUCGUGUCGGUGGACCUGAAAAUCCUUUACUGAAUGGUUCAGACUUGUCAACUAUGAUUGGUCCUGGUAGAGGCGAUGCCUCUUUUGAUAGCUUUGGUGUCUCUAAAUAUCAGAACAGAAGAACAAUGAGCAGCUCAGAUCGGACUCUUAUCAAUGCAUUUAGGGAAAUUAACAACAUGGCAGACCGUAUCAAUUUACCUAAAACUAUUGUUGAUCGUGCAAACAAUCUAUUCAAACAAGUACAUGAUGGCAAGAAUCUUAAGGGAAGAGCAAAUGAUGCAAUCGCUUCUGCUUGCCUUUACAUUGCUUGUCGUCAGGAAGGAGUUCCUCGUACCUUUAAGGAAAUAUGUGCAGUCAGUAAGAUAAGCAAGAAAGAAAUUGGUCGCUGCUUCAAGCUUAUAUUGAAGGCACUGGAGACCAGUGUUGAUCUCAUUACUACAGGGGACUUUAUGUCUCGUUUCUGUUCAAAUCUUGGCUUACCGAAUCUGGUACAAAGAGCAGCUACUCACAUAGCUCGGAAAGCUGUAGAAUUAGAUAUUGUCCCUGGUCGAUCUCCUAUUUCUGUUGCUGCCGCGGCCAUUUAUAUGGCAUCACAGGCAUCAGAAGACAAACGUACCCAAAAAGAUAUCGGUGACAUUGCUGGUGUUGCUGAUGUUACCAUUCGACAGUCCUAUAAAUUGAUGUAUCCUCAUGCUGCUAAACUCUUCCCUGAAGAUUUCAAAUUUGCUACACCCAUUGAUCAGCUACCUAUGAUGUAAAUUAGAUAUCUGGGCAGAAAAGGAUAUUUAGCUGAAGACUGCAGUCACCCUUAUGUUAUUUGAUGGCAUUGUUUUGUCAUCCAGUCUCCUCCUGAGGUUCUUCCUAAUUGUUAUUGUUAUUUCCUUUGACUACCAACUUAUUUUUAUUUCUUUUUCCUUUGAUAUUUGUGACCAUUUGGUUUCAAGUCUUACUGUAAGGACUCAAAGGCUGGUGUCAAAAUUGACAGUCUGACAGAAUUUUCCCAUGUUCUUAGAUUUCUUAAUUGAGCUUUAGCUCUAAGUUAUAACCUGGAAACAAAUGUUGACAGUAAAUACUUCAGUAGAGUUUGUACAUAGUGAAAUCUUUUAUUUCUUUGUCAACAAUAUUGUGUUCACAAUGAUUCAUCAUACCUUUACAUUGAUGUUUAAAUUUCCCAAAGGUGUUAUGUAAUCCAACUUGUUAGACUGUUUAGGUUUGCUAGUACAAUUAAAAUACUUUCAAUCUA